AUGUCUUUCAACAAUUCUUCCGACUGUGAGGGCCAAUUAGGCACAAGUGCGUUCUCAAUUGAUCGCGUCGCAGUUCGCGUGCCACCCUUUAUUCCUGCUGAUCCCGAACUAUGGUUUGCGAUGGUAGAGGAGAACUUCACAACGGCAGGAGUUACAACCGACUCCACCAAGUUCAGCUAUAUCACAGGCGCCCUGGAACCCCGCUACGCACUAGAAAUUCGGGACAUCAUAGUGAACAAACCGGCAUCAAAUGCAUACGAAACCAUAAAAGCGGAGUUGAUUAAAAGACUGAGUACAUCCCAAGAACAGAAGACCCGACGACUUCUAGAGAUGGAAGAAAUUGGUGACAGGAAGCCGUCUCAGUUCUUCCGCCAUCUCAAGGGACUCGCUGGUAGCACCGUUCCCGACUCCAUGCUGCGUACACUUUGGUUUGCCCGUAUGCCAUCUCACAUGCAAGCCAUCUUAGCAGCUCAUCGCGAUAUCACCCUAGAAAAGCUAGCAGAAUUAGCGGAUUCUAUCAUCGAUUUAACGGACAGCCGUCCCCGAAUCGCAGAAACUGCAUCUUCCCCUGGCGAUUUACUAACUGCACAGUUACAACAGCUGACAGUUACGCUACAAUAA